CAUUUGUAUUUCGAUAUUCGGCUAAUGCCAUUUGGAAAAUAGUUAUAAUUAACAUUUCGUAUGUUGAAACUAUGGACAUAAGUUGCACAUGCGCACGUCAACUUUCGGUUUUGGAAACUCCACCAUUCAUUGUGUCUCCUUCCUGGAAUCAAUGUAACGGAGCAACAUAUCGGAUGUUUGUAGGACGUUUUCACAGAUUUUAGAUUUGACGUUAGCAUGAUACAUUUCCAAUUUAUAUGGUAACUGAAGAUGGCAGGAAGGAAUCCAGUGCGCGAGAAGAAACGUUGCAGAGAGAUACUUGGUGUCUCAGAAGGCGCUAACGAGGAUGAGAUCAAAAAAGCUUACAAAAAGCUGGCGCUUCGCUACCAUCCAGAUAAAAAUGAUAGUAAAGAUGCAAAAGAAAAAUUUCAAGAAAUCAGCUACGCAUAUAAAUAUCUUACAGAAGGACCAACUUCCAUGGGAGGAGAUCAUGGCGGAGAGGAAGGCGAAGGUAUUCCUUUUGACAUCCUUGUGAGGCUGUUCCCUUGGCUAAUACAAGAUAUGGGAGUUAGCUCCCCUUUCAUGUUUGGUGGCCCAUUUGGUGAUGGUGGCUUGUUUGGAGGCAGUCCAUUUGGUUUCCAGCGGACUUCAAUCUUUAUGGGAUUCGAUGAAGGCUUCUUUUUAAUAGACGAUGACAACGACCAUUUGUUUGGAGCGCCAUCAGGAUUUUCUGGAAGGUCACAUAUACAACAUUGUAACCAUAGGCAUUCCUCUGGAUUACGCUCUUCAGGGCAAAACAGACAUUCUAGACAUUUUAGCAGCCUUUAUUCACAGGGACAGAACAUGUCUCCAUCACAAGCAUAUGGUGCGGCAAACCCAAGGAAAACUGCAAACAAAAAUGACACUAGUUCUAGUUUUAAUCAGAAAGAGUUCGAAACACAGCUACCACCACAGAAAUCGGCACCAGAAAACAAUAGAAAGAAAAAGAAAAAGAAAAAAAAGAAAUCUGCUAAUCAAAAUGAAGACCAAUUAGGAGAAGCAGAAGAAAUACCUGUUCCAGAACCACCUAGUCACCCAGAGGAGGAAAAGAUUGAAACAAAAGAAGCUCCAGACAGUCCGGUAUCACAAAAGCAGGAACCAGAGUCUAAAAAGGAGGUUCCACAAAGACUGAAUAAAAAAGCUAGAAGGAAAUUACAGCGGGAACAACAGAGGAAAGAAAAGACUGCCAGUGAUUUAGCCUAUCAAUCUAGUGGUGGUAACAUCAAAGACAAGGAACAACAGCGCCCCCUGGUAGAAGAUCUUGGUGACAUAGAUGAUAAGGAGGAUUUGAUGAGUGAGGAAAGUGACAGCGAUGAAGAUACUAAAGACGAUACAGAAUCCUCAGCAUCCGUAACCAACAAUGACCCUGACAUUAUGGCUGAAGAUCCACAGAACUUGUAUGAAAAGAAGUCCAGGAGGAUGAGAAAAAAUGAAAAGAAGAAGCAGAGAUCUGAAGAGGAGGAUCUUCUCAGACGAAACACUGUAAAUGAAAAAUAUAAUGACUUGCUCCCUAAGUCUGAACAGGAAGAAGAGGAGAUGAUUCGAAUUGCUCUGGAGAUGAGUAAAGUGGACGACAAAACUGAUGCUGAGAAGACAGGCCGACAUACUUCAUCUAAAAAGAAGUCAGGGAAAAAUAUACAUGAUGAUACUGGCCUAAAUGGAAUUGAGGAUAUUGGAAAUAUCAAUUUAUCUGGGAAUUCAGCAAACGAUAAUUUACUGUUAGGCGAGACAUCCACUUUGCUAAUUAAUUGUAAAGAUGUGCAUAAUGGUUCACAACAACAUGGAAAUGUAACUGGAGAUGAAAAUUCUCAUGAGAGAAAGUGCAGGAAUUGGUAUGACAGUAUAGGUUCUUUACCUCCUAAAGAUUUGGAUGAUUCAGAUUUUACAAAGACUUACUACAAGGAAGUAACCAGCCCAGUAGAUGAGGGGGUGUCCUCUGUUGGCCUCGGUAAAGAUUGGAGGACUACAUCAAGCCUGUCGCGAUUUUCCUCUGUUGACUCGGAUUCGGGAUCAGGGAUCAGUGCUGCUGACUAUUUUGACAAUUCUGAAUUCUUCAGAUCUACCGGAACUCCCGACACUUGGAAAGAAGCUGCACCGAAAAACACAAAAUCAAGACUCUACGAAAAAAGUCCAUGGCAACCUAUGCCCGAAAAAAAUCAGUCAAAGGAUAAAAAUGAUUCUCAAAAUUCAUCUCAUGUGAAUCAAGGGUAUAAGCAGAAUUCAUAUCAAAAUACAUACGGAUUUGAUGUGAGUCAGAUUCCUAAAUCUUCCUUUCCACGUAAUCCACAUAGUACAGACUACCCAACAGGCUUGAACAACGGGCCUGUUCGUACAGACUUACCUACAGGCUUGAACAAAGGGCCUGUUCGUACAGACUACCCAACAGGCUUGAACAAAGGGCCUGUUCGUACAGACUACCCAACAGGCUUGAACAAAGGGCCUGUUCGUACAGACUACCCAACAGGCUUGAACAAAGGGCCUGUUCGUACAGACUACCCAACAGGCUUGAACAAAGGGCCUGUUCACAGUCUGUCUGAUGAUCCUUAUACCAUCAACCAACCAACCAAGCCAAGUCCAAUCCAACCACCCUUCACAGACCAGGGAUCAGAAUGUCGCACACAGAAAGCUACUUAUCCAUUCUUGUUCCAGACGGCUGGAUCUGGAGAGACUGUUCCAGAACUGUACAGUUCACACAGUGCAAACAAGUCAUUCCACACAGGGCCAAGUAGGCAGGAACAAAAACAACAAAAUGCAAACAACUUCAUGUUUCAGCAGGAUUCAAAGAAUGAUCAGACCCAUUUUAGUUUUUACAGAGAUCCAAAAGUUUCCCCUCAUAGUUCUAAAGGAUUCGGGAAGGGAGAAACGCCAUUAGAUUUGUAUGGAAGUUCUAUGUAUGCUCCAAAAUAUACCAAGGAAACAAGUACAGACAUGGAUGCAAUGAAUUUCUAUAGAGAUAAAAUAUUAUUCCAAACGAGAAAUUCCAGUCAAGAACAGCCAAAACCGAGUGAGUAUGGCUCAGAAUUCACCCCAAACACUGACAUACACAGCAGAAGUAACACAACUUGUCAAAGCACUAGAGCUGAUAGUGUUGAGCAAUCUAAGUUGUUUGAAAACCCCUUAAGGAACCCCAACAGUCACAUUGGUGACAGAAAACAGAGUAGUGGGGGAUUGUUUGAGGCCCCUCAAGGGGUUCAUCCAGGUAUACAAAUCAACAUGGAACAGAAAAGUGGGGGUUUGUUUGGGGGCCCUCAAGGGGUUCAUCUGAGUAUACCAAUCAACACGGAGCAGAAAAGUGGGGGAUUGUUUGGGGCCCCUCAAGGGGUUCAUCCAGGUAUACCAAUCAACACGGAACAGAAAAGUGGGGGAUUGUUUGGGGCCCCUCAAGGGGUUCAUCCAAGUGUACCAAUCAACACGGAACAGAAAAGUGGGGGAUUGUUUGGGGCCCCUCAAGGGGUUCAUCCAAGUGUACCAAUCAACACGGAACAGAAAAGUGGGGGAUUGUUUGGGACCCCUCAAGGAGUUCAUCCAGGUAUACCAAUCAACACGGAACAGAGUAGGCUUUUUGCAGGUGCUUACGGUUCAAACAUCAACCUUAACAAACAGACUCCAAAUACAAUCACAAGUCAAAUGUAUGGAAGCCCCCAGGUUAAUCCUCAGGGUGUCAAACAAAGUGCACCUUAUAGCAACCCUGGUCAUCUGAAUGGUGGCUAUGUACCGGGUGACACUGGCAGGCUGUAUGGUAGUCAGGUCGGACCCCCAGUCAACCCUAUUGGUAGGUCGUACAAUGCUCAGAACACACCACACUCCAUACCUGGCCACAUGUAUGGAAGUAUGUAUGGACAAAAUAUCAACGGUGGAGGACCUGUCGGUAUGCCUAGUCAAAAUGGCAGCCCUGCAGCGGCACAUCACCAGCCGUAUGGUAACAAGUAUGGUUACCAUAGCAACAAUUCCACAUCCGCCGUAGGUGACAACAUCAAACAGAUACCCACAAUUCCGAGGGAGUAUCCUGUUAAAAAAGGUUUGUCUGGGAAACUAACUCAGCAUAUGGAUGAUAUGGACGAUAUAGACGAUGUAAAUCUCAACUUCAGUGAAAGGUCACAGCUCAGAGGUGAAAGUGGCACCGGUAUGAACUCUGACCUGUCCCAGGUUCUAGGUGGUGGCAGUCUGUACAUUCCCGCCGGAAUACAAGAGGACAUGUAUAAGGGUGCAUAUAGAGACAAGUGAUUAAAGCACUGCAAUCUUGUACUUUAAAUUAUUUUAUAUCGGUUUCAAUAACAAUUACACAUGGACAAUCACAGCCUUAUAACAGUAAAAUAUGGUGGGGUCUCAAAAUGUAGUUCUCACUAACUCUGGUUCAUAAUUUUGAUCAACAGAUAUUUGUCACAAAAAGUGUGAAAAUUUACAAUAUGUGUUCCACUUGUUGGAAUUAAUCAAUUGUAUUUAAAUAGAAAACAUUUUUGCCUCUAA